AUGUUGCAUGAAGAACCUGGCUCGUCUCCUUACAAAAAUGUUAUCAUUUGCGAGAAGACGCCGGAGAGAGAUAGUGCCUCCCAGCUCUGCAAAGCGUUCUCGAAUCUCCUUUGA